GCCAGGCGGCGCCGUUUGGCUCUGCAAAGCAGCCAGGGAAGGAGGCUCCUGGACGAUCCACUAAACCCCGUGUCUGUAGCUGAGCCCAUGGGAUCGGAGCGGAUGGAAAUGCGCAAACGGCAGAUGUCUGUGGCCCAGGAGACACCAAGUUCCACACAGGCACAGCAUGGCAUUGGGAAUCGAGCUUCCAAUGCCUGCUGCUUUUGUUGGUGCUGUUGUUGCAGCUGCUCAUGUCUUACUGUUAGGAAUCAAGAUGAAGAGAGAGCAAGGAGGACAUCCCAUGAACUCAGAGCAGAGAGUAUUCCAAACUGUGAGGAGAGUCCCACUCCUACUCUUGAAGAAGUAAAUGCCUGGGCUCAGUCAUUUGACAAGUUAAUGAUCACUCCAGCGGGCAGAAAUGCUUUCCGGGAGUUCCUCCGAACAGAAUUCAGUGAAGAGAACAUGCUUUUCUGGAUGGCCUGUGAGGAGUUAAAGCAGGAAUCCAACAAGAGUGUCAUAGAAGAAAAAGCAAGGUUAAUCUAUGAAGAUUAUAUUUCUAUCCUUUCUCCAAAAGAGGUCAGCCUGGACUCCAGAGUAAGGGAAGUUAUCAACCGAAAUAUGCUGGAACCAUCACAACAUACUUUUGAUGAUGCACAGCUUCAGAUUUACACCUUAAUGCAUAGAGACUCCUACCCACGGUUUAUGAACUCUGCUAUUUAUAAGGACUUGCUUCAGUCCUUAUCUGAGAAAUCCAUCAAAGCAUAAUAUUUUUUAUUAAUGUAUUUAUUAAAAAAACAGAAAUGGAA